AUGCAACGUAGGACAAUCCGUCGAAUGGUUCUGAAGUCUCUAUUUCGUAUAGCCAAGCUGCUAUGCCUCUCUCUCUCUCUCUCUCUCUUUAUACCUCACCUUCUUCCCCCUCUAUUAGAGGAAUCAUUCACAAGUUUCACUGUAUUUAUAUCACCUCUUCUUUUAUUUAUACAUUCUACCAAUUUUUCCAAUUCUCUCUCUUCCCCUUUCUUUCUCUUUAUCUCUUUCGCUUUCACUCCCUCUUUUUUCUCUCUUACUUUCCCACCUCUCUCUUUAUCUCUCUUCUUCUCUCUCUUUUUACCUUUCCGUCUCUCCUCUCGCUUCUCUCUCUUUCUUAAUCUAUACCCCCUCUCUCUUUCUAUAUCUUCCUAUCUCUCUGCAUCCCCCCUCUCUCUCUUUAUAUAUCCCAGUUACCUCUUAAUCUAUCUAUCUAUCUAUCUAUCUAUCUAUCUAUCUAUCUAUCUAUCUCAGUCUGUUCAUAUCUAUCUAUCUAUCUAUCUAUCUAUCUAUCUAUCUAUCUAUAACGUAGAUAUGCUUGCUUAUCUGUUCUUUUCUUUAUCUAUCUAUCUAUCUAUCUAUCUAUCUAUCUAUCUAUCUAUCUAUCUAUCUAUCUAUCUAUCUCUUGCUCUCUCUCUCUAUAUAUAUAAGUCAGUCUGUUCAUCAUCUAUCUAUCUAUCUAUCUAUCUAUCUAUCUAUCUAUCUAUCUAUCUAUAA